AUGCGUUACAUUGUUGUUCGACAUGGACAUGGACAGAGAGUAAGCAUGAAUAGAAAGAACAGGCAAACAAGUAUUAAAAAAGCACCAGCUAAGCACCAACACCACACUCAAUUAAAUUUUGUAUGGUCGAUGUCACAUGAAAGAAGCAGUGGAGAAGUAAAGAAACUUCUUCAACAAAAGAAAAUUUCUGAAAUUAUCAUCUGGAUGCUAAGAACUCUUAUCUAA